AUGUCUCGCAAUAUAGACGGAUCCAUCUUCCAGGUUGAUUCACCUGAACCCACCCUCAUCAAAGUAGAAGUUCGAGAUCCCGGACAACACUAUCAAACUCAGUCUUGGAAGAAUGGCCUAGGAAAGACAUCUGAAAUAAGCAUCUAUCCAAAUGAUAAGGACUACACAAAGGAUUCGUUUUUUUGGAGAUUAAGUGAACACGAAAUUGACGCUGAUUUCAAUUUUCCCAUCUUAUUGGGCUAUGAGCGCACAAAUAUCAUCUUGCCAAAUGAACACGGUACAAAGAGUACUAUCCAUUUAAAUCAUCGUGGUGAGGAAGCAUCCACCACUGUUAAGCCAUUGUUCCCUUAUUCGUGGAAUGCCGAGUGGGCUACAACUUGUAAAGUGACAAAUGCACCUGUAUCCAGCCUGCAAUUCCUGAUCAAAAGAGAUCUGGGUACGGCUCAGUUUUCCAUCGAUAAAAUCGGCCAACCUGUGUCAAAUGAGAGUGGCGAGACUGGAAGAAAGUUGAUUUUGGGUGCCUUCGCGUUGGUCUAUGUGGUUGAUGGCCAUGUUCGCAUCGGAUUAGACGAAAAUAGCCCUCAGGGUCACAGCAAUGUCUUGUCUGCUGGACAAACCUUGUAUGUUGAACGUGAUGAAGACGCUUCUCCUACGAGUAUGAUCAUUCAAGCAUCAGAUGCCAGUGGCAGUGUCGGUCGCCGUGACCAAGAAGACGCUACCGUUAUCACUAUCCAAAUCACAGAGGUGAAACCAAAAGGGGCUCCAUCAACAAUCGGCACAACCAUCUCUGAUUACUUUGCCUUACAAACAAACAAUUAUUCAGCCUUGAAUACGCCUGCUCUACCAGUAUCUCCUGGUUCUACUUAUCAAGCAUCAGCCGGGGGAUUGGUUUCAGCUGCCACACCCAACAGUAGUACGACAACAGGCCCUCCUCCUGCAACUGCAGCAGCAGACGAUGAUGUACCCAGCCGACGUCGAGAACCUCGUCGAAAGGGAUCACUUGUUGUCUAUGAUGACCAACCCUAUUGGAAUCUUCCGCAAAACAUGGCUCAGCGCAUGGCAGCACAGGAAGCAUCUGCCUCUGCCUCUGCUAUCCCUAGCUCAUUCGAUGAUGUAGGAGGUGAGCUGGCUUCCUCUAUGAAGCAGCAGCAGCAGCAGCAGCAGCAAGAAACUCACAAGGAGAGAAGAAAUAGUGUGUCGAUGCUGAGAGGCAAGUUGGACGCCACGCAAAUCUAUGAGCCUCCCAACUUUUCCUUGAAUCAAGAUACAGACGUGCCACCUCCCGUUGUUCGAGAUAGGUUAGUGGUAGAAGACUACCCAAAGCACACUAUCAGCACAGCAUGGAUCAAAAUGGUAAAACAGGGAUUGAGCGAGUGGUUAAGAAUGCCUGUGAUUGUGUGCAGAGGCACAGAAGAUGGACCUGUUGUAGGUAUCACGGCAGCAGUGCAUGGCAAUGAAUUGAACGGUGUGCCAUGUAUACAUCGCGUCGUGUCAGAGAUUGAUGUCAAUAAACUACGCGGCACCGUAGUUGCCGUUCCUUGUGUCAACGUAUCUGGCUAUCUCAAAUUCCAGCGCGAAUUUGCAGAUGGCAGAGAUUUGAAUCGAUUGUUUCCUGGGCGCGAGGAUGGCUUUUCAAGUCAAGUCUAUGCCUAUCAAUUGAUGAACAAGGUGAUUUCUCAAUUCAACUACCUAAUAGAUCUGCACACGGCUAGCUUUGGACGAGUCAACUCUUACUACGUGCGUGCUGAUAUGAAUGAUUCUGUUUCUGCCAUCAUGGCCAGACUGCAGCAGCCUCAAAUCGUACUGCAUAAUUCGGGUCAAGAUGGCACACUUCGAUCUGCCGCUUCUGCACGAGGCAUACGUGCAAUCACUGUGGAAAUUGGAAAUCCACAGUUAUUUCAAAGCCAAUAUGUUCAGGCAAGUCAAAGGUUUCUGAUCUGA